AGUAAAUUCAGUUGCCAAUUGGCCGCGUUCAAAUCAACAACUGUUUGCGGCGUCUCGAAAAUAUAAACGAUCCUUUCCAUCCAUAAUAAAUAAAAACCAUUUCUGAAAUUAUUUUAAUCGAGCUUCUUAGCAUUCAUAGAAAAUGUGCCUCCUGCCCGGUCGUUUCAUCUGGUCGGCGUUCAUUGUGGCGAUGGUGGGUCUCUCCAUAACGGUCGAGGCCAGGCCCCAGAGGAAUCUGCAGCACAUUGCGGUGGUCGAGAACGCCGCCUGGGAAAAGACCCUUCCUCAGCAGUUCCAGAAUCCCUUUUACAACACACCGAGGGUGAGGGACGCCCUGGCCAGAUCCAGUUGGUUCGGACCCGGCGAGGAGGUGGUAUAUGACCGCCAGGCUGAGAAAAUUCCACGCAUGGAAAUCUACAAUGUGCUGUCCCAUGCUGGUUUAAUACCACGUCGUCGUUUCCUUUAAAUUAAUAAAUAUUUCAUUCUCAUUUAUCUACUGUAAAAUUAUGAAAAUAAAAAUCAAAGUCAU